UUUGAUUCAAUAUCUUGUUUCUUUUAAGUUUUAACUAUCCACAAAGCCAUGACUUGGGAAUGUGAUUGAUCGAUAAAACUUUUUCAUUUGAUUCAAUAUCAUUUUACUAACUAUUCGGUUAUUUUAAAAAGUUCGGUUCGGAUGCGGUUUUGUUUUUACGGUUCGGUUCAUUCGGUUAUUUGCUUACCGAUUUUUCUGCAAGAGAGCGCGUUUCGUUUGUCUCCGCAAACGAUGGGACAAAGUGGGUUAAGUCUGAGGUUGUUUCUUCGACUUGUCUCUCUAGUCUCUAUACCAACAACACUCAACGAGACAAGACCAUCAUCAUCACUCACUUCCUUCCUUCCUUCAAAUCUCAACUAAAUCAAUAGACAUUCCUCUCUUUGUCUCUCUCUAUCCAAAUUUGAACUGUAACUGUCUUCAAAAUCUUCAUUUUUCUCAGACAAAUUGGAUCUCUCCUUGGAGCAGAAACACCCAUUAAAGGAACAAUAGAGAGAGUUUUGGAUUGAAUAAUCACAGUUCCACAGCUUUGAAGAAGACUGAGGUUUAUCUUCCUCUCUGUUGAAAAAAUAGAAGACUGCAGUGGCUACAAUGCCUGCGUCACAUGAAGCUUCAAAUUACGAUGAGGUUUCUAUGCAGCAAAGUAUGCUCUUCUCUGAUGGUCUUCAGGACUUGAAGAAUCUGCGAGCGCAGUUGUAUUCAGCAGCCGAGUAUUUCGAACUAUCUUACACAACCGAUGAUAAAAAGCAGAUUGUUGUAGAGACACUGAAAGACUACGCUGUGAAGGCUCUGGUGAAUACAGUUGACCAUUUAGGCUCUGUUACAUAUAAAGUGAAUGACUUUAUCGAUGAAAAAGUCGAUGAAGUAUCAGAGACCGAGCUGCGAGUAUCUUGCAUCGAACAGAGGCUAAGAAUGUGCCAAGAGUAUAUGGAUCAUGAAGGGCGUUCACAGCAAUCACUUGUUAUUGACACUCCAAAGUUCCAUAAACGAUACAUCUUACCCGCGGGUGAAAUUAUGACUGCUACAAAUCUUGAAAAGCUUAAGUACUUUGGAAGCAGUUUAGAGGAUGCAGAUGAUUGGAACCAAUUCCGAAAUGCUGUUCGUGCUACAAUCCGGGAAACGCCUCCACCACCUGUUAGAAAAUCAACAUCUCAGAGUUCAUCUCCACGGCAACCACCUCAACGAUCAGCAACCUUUUCGUUUACCUCUACCAUUCCAAAGAAAGAACAAGAUAAGAGAUCAGUUUCACCGCAUCGGUUUCCACUACUAAGAUCUGGAUCAGUCGCUACCAGGAAGUCAGCAUCAAUCAGCCGACCAACGACACCAAGCAAGAGCAGAUCUAUAACUCCUAUACGGUAUCCAUCAGAACCAAGAAGAUCGGCUUCGGUCCGAGUCGCAUUCGAGAAAGAUAACCAGAAAGAAACAGAGCAGCAACAACCGAGCAAGAGCAAACGAUUGCUCAAGGCUUUGCUUAGUCGACGCAAAACCAAGAAAGAUGACACUCUCUACACUUUCUUGGACGAAUACUGAAAUGCCAAUACCGGUUUUUAUUUGUGCAAGCGCUUUACUAAACCGGAAAAUUGUGGAUUUCCUAUUUUUUCUUUUAUUUUUCUAUAUUAUAUUUUAUAAUAUAAAUACACAAACUAUACCAAAACAUCGAAUUUUUACCCAUACAAAAGUCAUAAUCAUGAUUCGUGUUGUUAUGAGAUAUAAAAUUUCACGAUCUGUACAUCUUCUCGAUUUGAUAUACU